AUGUCAGAAAGUCCAUUAAAUCCAAUAAUUAUUGUUGGUGGAGGUUUAGCAGGUUUAUCAGCAGCACAUCAAGCUUAUUUAAGAGGAGCGAAUGUUAUAUUAUUGGAUAAACAAGGAUUUUUAUCGGGAAAUUCUGGAAAAGCAACAUCAGGUAUAAAUGGAGCAUUAACAAGAACUCAAGUACAAUUAGAUAUUAAGGAUUCAGUUGAACAAUUUUAUGCAGAUACUUUGAAAACAGCAAAAGAUAGAGCUAAUCCCGAUUUAAUUAAGGUAUUAACUUAUAACUCUGCUGAUGCUAUACAUUGGUUACAAGAGAUAUUUAAUUUAGAUCUUAGUGUUGUUUCAAGAUUGGGUGGGCAUUCACAACCAAGAACUCAUCGUGGUCAUGAUUCAAAAUUCCCAGGUAUGGCUAUCACAUAUAGAUUAUUAGAAACAUUAGAAAAAUUAAGUGAAGAUGAACCAAACAGAGUUCAGAUUUUAAAAAAUUGUCAAGUUAUUGAUUUAUUAAAAGAAGGUGAUGAUAAAGUUAUUGGUGUUAAAUAUAAAAAUUUAAAAGAUAAAUCUAAAUUUGAAAUGUAUGGACCGGUAAUUAUGUCAACUGGUGGAUAUGCUGCAGAUUUUACCAAAAAUUCAUUAUUAAGAAAAUAUAGACCUGAUAUUAUUGAUUUACCUUCGACUAAUGGUGUUCAUGCAACUGGUGAUGGACAAAAAAUUAUAAUGAAAAACAAUGGUGUUGGAAUAGAUAUGGAUAAAGUUCAAGUUCAUCCAACUGGAUUAAUUGAUUAUAAUGAUAAAGAUGUUAUUGAAGGAAAAACUCAACCAAGAUUCUUAUUUUUAGGGGCUGAAGCAUUAAGAGGUGAAGGUGGUAUAAUGUUGAAUGGUAAAGGUGAAAGAUUUGUUGAUGAAUUAGGUACUAGAGAUUGGGUAAGUGGAGAAAUGGAAAAACAAAAUAAUAUGGGUAAUGGACCAAUUAGAUUAGUAUUAAGUGAAGAAAGUGAAAAAAAUUUAAGUUUCCAUAUAAAGCAUUAUACUGAUAGAAAAUUAAUGAGAACUGUUACUGGUAAACAAUUAUGUGAAGAAAUUGGAUGUAGUGAAGAAACUUUGAAACAACAAUUAGAUACUUACAAUAAAGCAGCUAGUGGAGAAAUUAAAGAUCCAUAUGGUAAAAAAUUCUUCCCAACUACUCCUUUUGUAUAUAAUCCAGAUGCAAAAUAUCAUGUAUCUUUUAUAACAAGAGUAUUACAUUUUACAAUGGGUGGUGUUAAAAUCAAUGAUAAAUCUCAAGUAUUAACUGUUGAUGACAAACCAUUUGAAGGUCUUUAUGCAGCAGGUGAAGUUGCAGGUGGUGUACAUGGUCAUAAUAGAUUAGGUGGUUCUUCUUUAUUAGCUUGUGUUGUUUAUGGUAGAUUAGCAGCUGAUGAAGCUUCAAGUUAUUCAUUCCAAAAAUUAUCAUCUCAACCUGCUUCAAAAAUUGAACAACAACAACAAAUUACAGCAGCACCAGUUGAUUCAUCUGAUCAACCAGCUACUCAAAGAUUAAAUAUGAUUAGUUUACAUAUUGACCCAAAUAGUAAAAGAAUUAUUAUUGAUUUGAAUGAUAAUUCAAAUUCAAAUGCAUCAUUUCAACAACCACAACAACAGCAGCAAAUAACUCAAGCACAACCUCAAACCCAACCUCAAUCACAACCACAAUCACAACCACCACAAAAACAAGCAUCAAAAAAACCAACUGCAUUCACAAUCCCAAACAAAGAAUUUUCAUUAGAAGAAAUCGCCAAACACAACACUGCAUCAGAUUGUUGGUGUAUAAUUAAAAAUGUAGUAGUUGAUUUAACUUCAUUUUUAAAUGAUCAUCCAGGUGGAUCACAAUCUAUUGUUAAUUUUGGAGGUAGAGAUGCAACAGAAAGUUUUGGUAUGUUACAUGAAGAUAAUUUCAUACCUAAAUAUGUACCUGAUAGUGUUUUAGGGGUAGUUAAGGGAACUUCAUCUGAAUUAGAUUUAUAA